UGUCCCGGAGAGAAGGUAACACAUCUUAACAUGAGCUCCCCAUCAGCUUCAAGUCGUGUGACCACCCGCAUGCCGCUUGGAAGCCCCUCUCAUGCACCGGCCAGCCCGCCAAGGUCGGCGGCGAUCGGCGUUGACUUCGGUACGAGCAAAUUGUGCGUGGCUUUGUCGCGCAGCGUGCGAAUUGUGGACAACCCCGCGGGGGAGAGGACGACUCCUGCCAGCGUUGCCUUCGACUGCCAGCAAGUGCUGGUGGGCAAUGACGCCUUCGAACAGGGUGUUUUGAACUGUGCCAACACCGUGCAAGCCGUUAAAAGAAUUAUUGGCAGAACUUCUUCACAGGUGAAAGAUUCUCUGACAAACAAGUCUAAUCUCGUACAAAUUUCAGCCGAGAGCAUCUUGUGCUUUCCCAGUGGCAUGAAAAAACUCGAUGGAAAAGUUGCCAUAAAAGUUUCGUAUAAAAAUGAGGAAAUUUCUGUGUUUCCUGAGGAGGUUGCAGCAUCCAUGUUUUCCAUGGCGAGAAAGGUCGCCGAAACCCACCUUGGCUGCGCGGUAUCUCGUGUCGUUGUCUCCGUUCCGUCCUCUUUCAACAACGAACAAAGGUUGGCUACGAAACAGGCGGCAGAGUUGGCUGGAAUGGAGAAAAUUUCGUUAAUCAACGAGCCAACUGCCGCUGCGCUGCAAUACUCGGCGGUAUCUAACUUCCUUACCAAGGAAAAACUGCUGGUCGUUGAUUUUGGCGGCGGAAAGUUAGACGUUUCGCUGGUCGCGCUGCAGGCCGGGACUCUCGAGGUGUUAGCUACAAGUGGUUGCCCGACGUUCGGUGGUUACGACUUGGACAUGUGGAUGGUGCACCUGGCUGCCGAAAAAUUUAAACAAUCCCACAAUGUAGACAUCUUGGAUGACAGAAAAGCGUUGGUGAGACUCCUGCGAGCAUGCGAGAAGGCUAAGAAAACUCUCUCCUUGCUUCCCGAAACAUUUAUAGAAGUGGACAACCUCUCGGGAAACAUCGACUUCAGGAUGAAGAUUAGCAAGCGCCUCUUCACACAGCGUUGGAGUUGCGUUCUGGAAAAGGAAAUUUACUUUCACGUCUCGCGUUGCGUGUCCGAGGCAGGCUUGAAUCUCAAGGAUGUCGACAAAGUGCUACCUGUUGGUGGCUCAAUGCGUUUGUUUGGACUUGAGGGAUAUUUGAUUAAAAUUUUUGGUAGCAAGUUAACAAAAACUGUUAACCAAGACGAAUGUGUUGCUGCAGGUGCGGCAAUAAAGGCAGCCAUGCUUGAGGAAGACGAACAGUUUGCCCAAGUCGCGGUCAGAGAGAUAUCUUGCCAUCCCAUCUACAUGCUCACUGGAAAUCACAUCGAUGAUCUUACUUUCGGAAGGACGAGAAUACCUUUCAACCACACCAUUAGCGGUUCACGUUCACGCAGAUCACCAAUAUUCCAUGAAAAAGUUUCAUACCUUCUUCCGGGUGCUGAAGCUUCCUCCUGCACGCUGAAUCGCGAAAAUUCAAUGCCGACGUCAAAAAGGUAUGAGAUUAACUUUGAAGUCGACGAUGACGGGAUCUUCAAUGCCUCGUUCAAGACCAGCGAAGCCAUCACUCACUUCGCAGGGCCUCGAGCUUUCUCAUUGAGGGAGCGCAGGCUUGGCCGCAAGAUGAAAAGUCGAAUCGAAGGUUUCGAGAAGGACAGCCAGAAGGAGGCAGCUAGAGUGGAGGCUAUGGUGCAGCUCGAGGAAAUGGUAUAUUGUGUAAGGCAGGAAGUUGCUGCGCUAAUGGAAAAAAUGCGUCACAGUGAGUCUGAGUGUGAGGACGUUCUGGCGUGGCUUGAAGACCAUCAAACGGCAUCGAAAAAAGACUGCAGGGCCAAGCGACUGCAGUUGAAGAAAUUGGUCAGCAACUUGAGUGAAUGGAAGAGGAAGGAGGGAAAGCUGUUGAAGAGGCUGAUCGAUAAACGAGGGGGAAAGAAGAGGAGGAGCACUUGAAAAGACGGAGAAAUUAAUUUGAAGAGACUCGUGCCAUCGUAAAGCCGCACAAACGGAUGUUGCUUUGAUCUUAAAACAUUUAACGUGCUUUUAUCGGAUAUUAUUUCAAUUGCUGAAACCUAAUUCACGUUGAACUUCCUCAGCGCACAGUCGGAUUUCACGCUUCUCAAUCUCGUCGU